GUGGGGGAAGGGAGGAGCAAAGAGAGAAAUUGAAGGAGGGAGGAUGGGACUGUUGUUUCAAGCUGAUCCCGGUGCUAUUGUAUUCCACACCCCAGCUCAGGACAUCAGGAUCAAACCAAUAACAAUGCAUGGCCUGUAAGCAGCCAGUCAUGGCUCAUAGGAAGAGGCCGGGGACCAGCGGAGGAAACAGUAUGGCUGCCCCAGGCCUCGCCUCCUGUCCCACCCCUCAUCCUACAGAGUCAUGUGAUCUGAAAGCCCUCCCGCCUCGGCAACGCCCAGUCCGCUACCCCAAAGAGUCACGUGAUCCCAAACCCCUCCCUCGUUCCUGUAAGGUACAAUACUCUUCUCCCAAGUCUCAAGACGUGGGUUGCAAGCAUCCAGAAGUGGAUGUAAAUGCAGAGGUGGAAGUGAAGCUGUACAGCAACCAAGCAGAUGCAGAACUGGAGAACCAGCGGCCUGCAACACCCUCCACGCCAGAACAUGAACAUGAACACAAAGAUCAUGUCCGGGCAGACUUCCACGGUGGUGCUGACAGCCUGGAUGAUGACUCCAGCUCUGACUACAUUAACAACACCUCAGAUGAAGAGGAAGACUAUGAUGAUGGGCUGGCAGAGGAGGAUGAAGGUGUGACUUACUACAUUCGCUACUGCCCAGAGGACGACAGUUACCUGGAAGGUGUGGAUAGCAGUGGCCAAAACCAAAACCAAAGCCAGGGAGACUGUGUCACCACUAUACAGCCAGGCGGAGUCCACACUGAUGAAUGUCAGGAGGCUGUGGAAGGGGAGGGGGAGGGGGAGGGGGAGGUGAGAGAGGAAGAAUGGGUGGAAGAUGAUGGGGGAGAGGGGGUAGUGAGGAAAGAGUGGAGAGAAGAGGAGGAAGAGGCACCGGUUGGAAGAGUGGGUUGA